AUGGCGACGACCACCCUCACCAGCAGUGAUCACAAUCCUGAUGCUCCGCUACAAUCGAUCAUCCUUAUCUCCAUCAUCCCUGCCACAACCACUGCGGCGACGACGACCACCGCUCUCACUCCCGCCGCCGGUCAGAAAACUCCCGACGCCUCGUCAACCACCACCAUCACCGCCACCACCACCAACACCACCACCACCACCACCACCACCACCACUACCACUUCUAUGUCCAGUGACGUGGAUUACGUUCCAUUCUGUCCUCAUCGCAAUCCCACACUCACCACACGCAUCGACCUGGUAGGUCACUUGCUAAUCCGUCACACUGCGGCCAGUUCACCAGUGGCUGGAGACCCCUUCAUACAUUGGCCGCAUCCACCUUCACUGACCACACUGUCCACGCACAUUUAUUUACCACAUGUGCCUAUUCGAUCAAUGCGUCUCCAUGAAGUCCUCCCGCCAUAAAUCCCCGCAGACAAGACCACGUCAUCACGCACACCCAUCAGCACAUGAACCACAAAUGAACGCGUCCAAAACCUUACAUCCCUGUCGCGUAAGUGGUAAAUGUGGUUUUCGGCCGCCUACUUCAUGCGGUGGGGUGUAGGGGUGUCAGCGGUGGGUUCAAGUAAUGGUCGUGGUGGUCGCUCACUUGCUUGCAGGUGAGACUGCGCCUAGCGUCCACUUGCUGGCACUCAACUCUCACCUUUGGCUCCACGUAGCUGGGCUCUGCUCAGCGGCCACACCCCGGGCAACCGUCUCGACCGGCGGGCUAAACCAGGUGAGGGGGCCCUGUGCGCUGUGCCGUGUGCACAGGGAUUGCGGAUUCCGCUGGAUGAAAGGUAGGAUGGAACCUUGCGUCGGCACCGUCGUGACGUGGUUCGUCUCUGCACGUCGCUUGACAGCCGGUGACGGGAUGGAUUUCCACAUCGACAUCGCCUUGACGCGCCCACCCUCGCCGACGGAGACCGCGGCUGACGGCGAAUUCGAGUCGAUCUCCACUACAACCCGAAGUCGUGGUCCCAUAGUGGAGUUCGGUCGUGCCACAACGGCACAUGGCAGCCCUAUUCAGGGAUGGCACUGCCAGCCCCCACGAGGGGAAGGGCCUAGAAAAGGUGGCCUAAACAUUGCUGGGUACCACGCCGUCUCCAGGCUAGCCAGGGCCGCAGACGUCUAAACAUGGUCGAAACAAUCAAAAUCGAAACAACAACAAUACCAAUAACAACAACAACCAUACUCAUUCUCCUCAUCCUACCUCUUCUUCCUCUAUCUCCGUCUAUUCUUCUGCCUAUUCUUCUCCUUCGUCAUCUUCUUCUCCAUCUCCUUCCCGUCGCCCCACUCGUUGUCACCAGACUGGCAGGGUGAGCGCGCUCACUCUGGCAGCCUUGAAUGUUCGUUCCCUUUUAGACAAUCCGAGGAGCAACCGACCGGAGCGGAGGACGGCGCUAGUGGCACGAGAACUGGCGUGCUACAAGGUGGACAUCGCCGCACUCAGCGAGAGCCGAUACUCCGAACAAGGCCAACUGGAGGAGGUGGGUGCCGGCUACACCUUCUUCUGGAGCGGUCGACCCAGGGCAGAGCGACGGGACGCGGGCGUCGCCUUCGCCAUUCGGAACGACAUCGUGGGAUGGUUGCCCUGUUUGCCGCAGGGCAUCAACGAUCGCCUGAUGAGGCUCCGCCUGCCUCUCCGGGGAGGCAAAUUCGCGAUCAUCAUCAGCGCCUACGCUCCGACGAUGACCAACCCCGACGCCGUCAGAGACAAAUUCUACGAGGACCUGCACGCCCUCUUGGCGACUGUGUCGAAGGCGGACAAGUUGAUUGUCCUUGGCGACUUCAACGCCCGCGUCGGCACAGACCAUACUGCCUGGAGAGGAGUGCUGGGUCCCCACGGUCUCCGCGGCUCAAACGACAAUGGCCUGCUGCUUCUCCGCACCUCCGCAGAACACCGCCUCAUGCUGGCGAACACCUUCUUCUGA